AUGGAAGUAGAAUUAGUCGGAGAAAAGACUUGUGACCAAACGAAAGAAAUCAUUAACAUAAAUUUGAGAGGAACGAGAUUCGCGACAACCAAGUCAACUUUAAGUCGCCUACCAGUAUCCAUUGCGGAGGAUAAGAGGGGCACUUAUGAUCCAAACAACAAUGAAUAUUUUUUUGAUAGAAAUCCACGGAUCUUUCACGAGAUACUGGACUACUGCAAGACAGGUCACCUUCAUCUCCCAGAGAAUGUCUGCUCCCAGAGCAGUCGAGAGGAGAUCGCCUUCUGGGGAGUGCCACAAGAUAGUAUUCAACAAUGUUGCUGGAAAGCUUUUUAUAAAGUCGACGAUGAAAUGGACGUGCUUGACAAAUUGCUCACUUAUCUUCCGCUUGAAACGGAUUCUACAAGUUCACAAUCAGGGCUCAAGAGAUCUGCAUGUGGAGAUUGUCGGGCAGCGUUGUGGCGAUUUCUUCAUGACUGGACAUUUUCUCGGGGUGCAAAGGUAUUUCUUUUACAUAGUUGA